UACCCUCAAAACUGAAACCCAUUCUCUCGUCUCCUCAAACUCCCAUUUCACCAAUAAUCUCUACACUGAAGCAAAGAAAAUGUCUACCACAGCCAAAGAACUCCUCCAGAUUCGAGAAAUCCCCGGUAGUUAUGGUCUCCCGUUCGUCGGAGCUUUAAGAGAUCGAAUCGCCUAUUUUUACACUCAAGGCCAAGACGAAUUCUUCAGGUCUCGAAUGCAAAAGUACCACUCCACAGUUUUCAGAGCCAACAUGCCACCUGGUCCCUUCUUGGCCUCCAACCCUAACGUAAUCGUUCUCCUUGACAACAAAAGCUUCCCUGUACUCUUCGACAUCUCCAAGGUAGAGAAGAAAAAUGUCUUAGACGGCACUUUCAUGCCCUCCACUUCCUACACCGGCGGUUAUCGUGUUUGCGCUUUCCUCGAUCCCUCGGAACCCAAACACGCCCUUCUCAAACGUCUCUUCUUCUAUUUCCUCGCGUCUCGUCAUAAAAGAUUCAUUCCUGAGUUUCGAUCCACACUGUCUGAUGAACUCUUCCCACUUCUCGAAGAUCAGAUUUCCAGAAACGGAAAAGCUAACUUCAACACUCUCAGUGAUUCCAUGUCUUUCAAUUUCGUAUUUCGUUUGUUUUGCGAUAAGAAUCCAUCCGUUACGAAGAUCGGAUCAGAUGGACCGAUACUUUUCGGAAAAUGGCUGUUCUUCCAGCUUGCUCCUUUAAUUACAUUUGGCUUGACCAAAAAAUUCCCAAAUUUCAUAGAAGAUUUGCUGUUACACACAUUCUCUCUCCCUUCCUUCCUCGUGAAAUCUGAUUACAAGAAGCUCUACAAUUCCUUCUACGAAUCGGCGACUCAGUUACUCGACGAAGCGGAAGCGAUGGGACUGAAAAGAGACGAAGCAUGUCAUAAUCUCGUUUUUCUUGCUGGGUUUAAUGCGUUUGGAGGAAUGAAGGCUUUAUUUCCAGCUCUGAUGAAGUGGGUCGGCUUAGCUGGAGAAAAGCUACACCAGCAGCUCGCAGAUGAGAUCAGAACCGUUGUUAGGUCGGAAGGAGGAGUGACUUUUUCGGCGAUAGAGAAGAUGCCGUUGACCAAAUCGGUGGUAUACGAAGCAUUAAGGAUCGAACCACCAGUGCCGUUUCAGUACGGGAAGGCGAAGCAAGAUCUGGUGAUAGAGAGCCAUGACGGGGCGUUUAAGGUCAAGAAAGGAGAGAUGCUAUUUGGGUAUCAGCCGUUUUCGACUAAGGAUCGGAAGGUGUUUGAGGAUCCAGAGGAGUUUGUGGGAAGUAGGUUUGUUGGAGAAGGAGAGAAGGUGUUGAAGUAUGUUUACUGGUCUAACGGUCGUGAGACGGAAAGUCCGACGGAAGAGAACAAGCAGUGUCCAGGGAAGGAUUUGGUGGUUCUGGUGUCGAGACUCAUGCUUAUAGAGUUCUUCCUACGUUAUGAUACGUUUACGGUUGAUGUCGGGAAGCUGAUGCUGGGGUCGCCGGUGACGGUGAAGUCGUUGACGUCGGCGAAGAGAAGCAGUUGAGGUU